GCUGGCUCCAGUUAUACCGACCGUGAUCGGGAUGGGAGUCCCCAAGAGUCGCGUCAGAACGGGGAUCUGCGGGCCAGGAAGAAGCAGAAACGUAACAAGCCGACGUUGUCGUGUCAAGAGUGUGUAGAGAGGAAGACAAAGAGGCAGACUGAAUGCAGAUAUGCACAUGUUGCCAACCUUCUUGAAGCCACCUCAAGAACCGAAGCCAAUGGGAGGCGUAUGACCAAGCCUCCUAAAAAGAAGCUCACAGGACUGGAGAGUCACUCUCCAAUCCCGAAUAUCGCUGACAGAGGCAAUGAACAUGAGACUUCAUCCAGAGGAGCGAUAGCCUUGUCUACGGGACUCUUGUCCAACGUGCCAUACUCAAUUCCCAAAGCCAGCAACGUGUUUGGUAUUGGAUCGGAGCACCCUUUUGCCAACUAUUGGACUUGUGAAGGAGGCUUGCCCGAGGUCGUUUCGGUACUCCCUGACAAAAUUCAAGCCGAUAUUCUCAUCAAUCGGUAUUUUGAAUGCGUCGACCCUGUCUACCCGAUGCUUCAUCGACAAACCUUUUAUGCCGACUAUGAGCAUUUUUGGCAACUCCCUUCUGAGGAGAAGAAUGAGGCCGACCCUGCCUUCGUGGGACUCAUAUUUGUUAUGCUUGCACUGGGGACACAAUUUGUUACCUCGACUUCUCCCCGGGAUCGCAAGCAGACUGCAGAGUUUUAUGCAUCUGCAAGCAACCAGGCCUUGCGUAUGUUCUCAUACCUCAGCGCUGCAUCCAUUAGGUCAAUCCAAGCAAUGGUUCUGAUCACCUAUUUCUUGAUCAAUGACAACCACGCUUCUGAUGGGUGGGCUUUCGCCGGGAUACUGAUACGACAAGCAUAUGCUAUGGGAUUACAUCGCGAUCCCAAAAUUGUGACACCGAACGCUACUCCUUUCGAACAACAUCACAGAAGGAAACUGUGGCAGGCCGUGUUGCUGCAGGAUACAUUUCUCACAGUUCUCCUGUCGUUACCGCCGUCAGCAACACAUACUGAUGUGCUGGUGGAUGACUUGCUUGAAGAUGGAGCCUCUAUCGCGAGUUCUGAUCCCACCGAUACGGCCUACGUCCGGGCUUCUUGGACGCUGGCCAAUCUGGUACAAGAAACGAUCUGCUCACCGCGCUCGUUAGACCUACCCAUAUGCGCCACGGCGAGGCACAAAUCCAAACUAGUAGCGGACUUUCGGGCAGUCUAUCGAUCGUUUCCAGACGUUUUCCGGUCCUGGGAUCCUGAUAGUCUCUCCAGUCUAUCCAAGACCAACAAGCGGGUUGUACGGCAGACCUUAUUCCUGACCAGCAAUUACUUCCACAACUUGAUGCUUGUGCAUGCAUCGGAGAGCGCAGAGGUCCCCGUCAACGUGCGAGGCACGCUUGAAGCGGCACACGAGGCCAUUGCCGCCUUUUUCAUGCUGUUCAACUUACUAGAGCCCGAGGCACGGGUGUGGUGGGUUUUCAACCAUCGAGCGUUUCUGGAAGCUCUCUGUAUUGGAAAUGUUCUUCGCGAGACUUCCAAGGAGGUAGGAGGAGAGGAUUUAUUAGCCCGCGAUCCAUUGUUCGUAAGGGCAAAGUCUGAUAUCAGUCGGAUGAUCCAAAUCAUGCAGAUAAUGGGUGAUGAGUCAGAAGUUGCGCGGACGCGGGUUCAGGUAUUGAGCGAGUUUCUCAAU